UUCUGUACCUGAACCUAACUGGAAUCUUUAUCUGUCUGCACCUUUUUAUGCCCUGGUUCCUGUUUGUCUGUGGACUCUAACUUCUGUUUGGACUUUUCUCCCCAUGCCAGCACCACAGUGUCUAGCUGAUGUCAACUCACCUCAGGUAAGGAGCUUUCUUGGAUGGGGUGACAGUCUCUCGGCGCCCCCUUCUCAAUCAGCCACCAUGGAGGAAUUCCAGAGAAAACUGAAUCAACACUAUGAAGGCACCAAGCCCAGAAAGGUGAGGUUCAAGCUGGCGUCAUCCUACAGCGGUCGGGUAUUGAAGCAUGUGUAUGAGGACGGUCAGGAGCUGGACAGUCCAGAGGAGAAAUACCCUCACAGCUUCGUUCACCGCAAGAUCCCUCCCAGCCACCUGGAGGUAGAGCAGCUCUGUGGGUUUGAGGAUGCUCAUGGGGACCAACCGGGUGUCUAUCCUCCAACAGGGCUCAUUGCCCAGAGAAUAAACGUGUACAGAGGAAUGGGAAGCUACAAGCCUGCUGCAGGCCAGACUGAGGAAGCAGAGGGAGAUGCCAAAUCUUCAGUGUUGGACUUUGGUAAGAUAAUCAUCUACACCAGCAAUCUGCGAAUCAUCAGAGCACCACCAAGGAAGCCUGAAGCGUUGCGGCACCACACAGUGCCCCCUGUGGACUUGGAUGGAUACCCAAAAGCCAGGGAGAGGGGGAACAGGAGGAGGGCUAAAGCUCUUUGUACACAGGAUGGGGAAGAGAAGGCGGAGAAACAUAUUAGCGAUACAGAGACCAAGGAGGCCAACAGCUGCCAGCAUUGUGGAGGUUCGGGCUGCGCUCCCUGCUCUCUGUGUCACGGUAGCAAGCUGUCCAUGCUGGCGAACCGCUUCAAUGAGUCCAUCAGUGAUCUGCGUUGCCAAGCCUGCUACCCCCAUGGUCUGGAGAAGUGCCAGUCCUGUUCCAGCAAAUAGCGCUGUUUGGCUGACACCCAUGUCUGAGAGAGAGAGAGAGAGAGAGAGAGAGAGAGAGAGAGAGAGAGAGAGAGAGAGAGAGAGAGAGAGAGAGAGAGAUGGGUUUUAGCACAAUUGUCUCAGCGGCAAUAUUGCUCUAAUCCAAAGUGUUCUUGGUGGGGUGUUUCGAAGCACUACUAGGAAACAUAAGCCAUCAUUGGAAAGGGGAAUUAUGAAUUGUGCAGCUGGCACAAAAUCAUAAAAUACAAUUACUGUGUGCAGUGAACAUGGCUUGCGAUAACACAAACACAUAAUCACCUCAUUGUUGUCACAUUAUUUUGCAUCUGCACCCUUCUUCCUGAUAAAACCGGGUUCCACAACAGUUAUCAGUUUAAUUAAAAUGAUGCAAACAUGUUUGCUUUGUAUUUCAUAUACUGGAAAGGCUGCCCUGUUCCUAUCUCCUCUCUCUAUUCACCAGGGAGAAUAAAACCUUUUAUAUCCCACAUGA